GCAGAGCUCGAGGAGGUCAAACUCUCGGUAGUCACGUGCUUCCGUGCUUUUUAUUUUACAUUUAACUCACGGGGUGUGCUGGGGCUUGUAGUUCCCAGGCUCGGUGACUCGGGAAGAUGCGGUUUCUGCUCCAGCUAUGAGACACCAUGAUAAGACACAGCAACCUGCAGAAACAAGUCCUCAGUCUAUACAAACAGUUUUUACGAGCGGGAAAAGACAAACCCGGUUUCCUGCCCCAAAUCCAGCAUGUUUUCAGGAAGAACGCCAAAAUCCCCAGGACUGACAUCAUGCACAUAGAAUAUCUCUUGCGCCAGGGCCGGAGGCAACUGGAUCAGCUGAAGGAUGUGAACACCAAACAGCUCGGAGCCUUCGUCAAAACCCCCAUCGAGGCAGAAAAGGCAUCAUGAAUGGGAAAAGAGCAUCUCCUGCGGACAUAUUCAACAACACCGUAAAUAUUUGUACGUUGGUCAGGAGAAGUGAGGCGCUAGUAACCUGCACCCAUUACAAGCUCAUUUUGAGGCUCCUUUCAGCCACGAUCAAGACAGGACGACUGUGGGGGAUACAGCUUCUGCCCCGUGGAUGAACAAUGCUCACAUGGCUAAAAGACAGAGGAUGGGGCCUUUAUAUGAACUGAGAAAUUUAGUAUGAAAAUAAUGAUGAUUCUAAUCUGUCUGUAUAGAAUUUAUAUUAUAUAUAUGGAUUACACUUUGGCCGGUUUCCCCCAGAUGUAAUAUGUCCGCUAGUCCUGUUCUGACCGCGGCUCUGAGGCGGCCAGUUAAAAAGGUACUCCGCUGCCCCAGCGUUUAGAACAUUUUGUUCUGAACGCUUGGAGCGGGGGUCAUGAUGUCACAGCCACGCCCCUCAAUGCAAGUCUAUGGGAGGGGGCAUGACGACCACCACACUAUCCUCCCAAAGACUUUCAUUGAGAGGGUGUGACAUGAUGUCGCAACCAGCAGCUGGACCCUCGCGAUCAGACAUCUUAUCCCUUAUCAUUUGGAUAGGAGAUAAGAUGUCUAGGGGCGGAGUACCCCUUUAAGAUUGACAGAAACACGGUCAGGACAUGCAUCUGCAUUAUGCUUGUGUGAAACUGACAUAUUUUUCAUGGUUUGGUUAUAGAGAAGUGUUUCCUAACCAGUGUGCCUCCAGCUGUGCUGUCUCAAAUGGUGGGUGGGACGAGGAGAAGCCACCAGGGACUGUCCUGAUGACUCUUUAUUUAGCCAACAUAACAGGUUUCCUUUUUAAAGAGUAUUUGCACUGUCUUUAUAAUCCACUAAAAUGUUUAAGAUAUUUAAUAUAUGAAAUAAAGAUAAAACCUCAGAUGUCAA